AAAGGGCAGUGCAUUAUGGUGACGGGCGGCGUCAGGGGGUCCGUGGCCCCCAGUGUAGCCUCCGCCCCCAGCAGCACAUUGUGCAAUCUCCCCGGCUGAUUGGUUCCUCAAAUAUUUUCCUGUUCACUUGAUAUUUAUUCAGAAGGGGGCGGACAUGAGAGGGCAGAGUGUCACCGAGAGACAGACUACGAGAGCGUCGUCCAGAUGAGGCAACCUGAGAGACAGACCGGAGGGAAGAGACCAUGGUGGGCUUCACUGGGGGCUGGUCCAUGCUGAUCGUCGUGCUCUGCUCCGGGAGGUUCGCCACUUCUAACACAGCGGAGACCCUCUGCCCCAAGCCAGCGGUUCCUGAGGAUGCCGUCUUGGUCACGCUUCUGUCCGAUGUCAGCCUGACGUGUGCCGGGUGUGCAGGGCGGGUGUCCUGGAGUCGUCCUAGCUCCCACAGAGCCACGAGACCACUGAACGUGACGGAGGGCGGCCAUCUUGCCCUGCAUUCUGUGACGUAUGAGGAUGAGGAUAAUUACACGUGUUAUAAGGACGGGGCCCCUGCCUGUUCUGUGGAGCUGAUGGUGAAAGAUGGGCGACACAAGGACACGAGUCUCUCCUGUUACCACCGCCAUCCCACCCACAACAUCACCUGCGAGUGGAGACCAACAGGACAACUCCACCCAUCCUCCACCGUUUAUCUCAUAAAAGUGAGGAUGCUGGAGGAGCCCACCUUCUACCCCUGCACCUACAACCGCAGCAGUGCCGCCUUCUCCUGCUCCUCGCUGUACCGGGAAGGAGACUCCAGCCGCCACGUCUUCUACUUGUGUGUGAGCGGCCGCACCGACAGCGAGCUGAGCGCCAACCUGGAGGCCAGAGUGGAAGAUCUGUUACACGUCGCCCCCCCCCUCAAUGUCCGGGUGACCCCAGUGGAGCACCGUCCCAGGAGACUGCGGGUGAGCUGGAGCCUGCCGGAGUUCUGGGAGAACCCGUUCUACGGCCUCGUGUACCAGGUUCUGUACCGGGUGGAGAACUCGCCGCACCAGUCAAACGGUACAACCACAGAAAUGAGCUUCAUUAUCCAUGAUGCCUUGAUGGGGAGAAGACAUCUCAUCCAAGUGCGAGCAAGGGAGGAAUAUCAGAAAAAUUGGGGCUCUUGGAGUGAGGAGGCCGUGGGGGUCCCUUGGUCAGAUGGAGCCACAACAACGCUGGUACCCUUCAAGUACGACCACCCGACAUCUCAAGAUGAAGAAGACCCCCUGGAUGAGGGUGAAUGUGACAAACACACUCGGGACGAGGUUCGGCCGGUGACCCGCAUUUUUUGGAUCGCUGCCUGUGUCAGUCUUGGUCUCGUCAUCCUAUUCGUCCUCGGACUGUGCAUAAGGUUUCAGGAAAUGAAAUUCCUCAAAUUGCAGUGGGGUGUCCUGCGCUCUCUGUUGCACCUCUCAUCAGCGCAGCCGCCGGCGACUGAGUCCGCCCUGAUGUCCUCGCCCUCGUCGGUGGUGGUCACCUUUCCGCCAUUGCUGGAUGGAGAGUGAAGAAAAAGACCUAAAACCAGGCGUCAGACGCCUGGACUGUGGUAGACUGGACCGACCAAUCAGAAUGCAGCGCACGGAAAUAUCGGCAUCGGUUGUGACAGGGUGUGUAUAUGUAUAUAGUCAUAAUGAUGGAGAGGAACAGGAAGUGAGUGCGACCUGGAAACGACUCCCCCAAACAGCUGGAUCGCCAGGCACACCCCUGGGACUUUGUAUUUUUGGCGGUGUGGCCCUUUAAGUCAGUGCUGGAAACGUAUGGGAGACACUUGUAUUGAAGUGGACGUGGAUCACAUGACUCGGGGGGGUUUCUGGGUGAGGUCGCGGCCCCGUUACCUCCGGUCAGUCAUGGCGCUAUUUUGGGAGUUUUUGCUUGUGUCAUGUUUAUUGGUUUCCGCGAAUAAAGAGGAACAUCGCACAUGGUAA